CGGGUGCGGCAUGCGCUGCUACAAGUGAGCAUAGUUGGUGGAAGAAUAGUGACAAUUUUUACAGUAUCUGAAAUGUUUUACAUAUAAAAGUAUCAGCAAUAAAUUUGUUUAGUUUAUCCUUUUGAGCAGUAAUAGAAAACGGUAGUUGAAAGGUAGUAAAAAUGCGUGAGUACAAGAUUGUUGUAUUAGGAUCGGGGGGUGUAGGUAAAUCAGCUUUAACAGUACAAUUUGUACAAGGAAUAUUUGUAGAAAAAUAUGAUCCAACAAUAGAGGAUAGUUAUAGGAAACAAGUGGAGGUAGAUGGACAACAAUGUAUGCUGGAAAUACUGGACACAGCUGGAACUGAACAAUUUACUGCAAUGAGAGAUUUAUACAUGAAAAAUGGCCAAGGAUUUGUAUUGGUUUAUUCUAUAACUGCACAGUCUACAUUUAAUGAUCUACAGGAUUUAAGAGAGCAAAUUCUACGAGUUAAGGACACUGAUGAUGUUCCGAUGGUUCUAGUUGGUAAUAAGUGUGAUUUGGAAGAUGAGAGAGUUGUCGGCAAAGAACAAGGGAUGAGUCUAUCCCGUCAGUUUAGCUGUGUUUUUAUGGAAACGUCUGCCAAAUCAAAAAUAAAUGUUUAUGAUAUAUUUUAUGAUCUAGUUCGACAAGUCAAUAAGAAAUCUCCAGUGAAGAUGAUAAAGAAAUCCAAACCCAAAUGUGUACUUCUAUAAUUUUAGAAAAUCUCUUGGAACCAAAAAGUACAUUAAAGAUUCAAAGACUAUUAUAUAUAUGUAGAGUGUAAAAGAGGCAAGUGUGGACUUAAAGUCUCUUGCAGUGAAGUUUUUUAAAACUCUGUAUAUCAUUCUUUUUAACACUAAUUUAAAUAUUUGUAAUAAAGUUGUCGGUUAAUUUUUCCACAAUCAAGGUUGUUAUUACAUGGUUAUCUAGAUGCAAUCUUAGUGAUAGAGUAUUUUGAAAUACUGCCAAUAUGUGGUGUCAAAUAGAGAUAUAGAUUUUGUGAAUUAGUAGUAUUUGCUACUUCUGAUUCAAGACUAUCCACAGGACAAUACUUCACUAAAACAAAAUUUUAACUGAAAUCUCUAAGGCCCAUGUCCAACAAUAUUAACAUGAACUGCAACUUCUUAUUCCGUUGGAAUUUCUCACUUUAACCAACGCCCAUUUGCCCCAUAAACUUUUCUUUGAUCAAUUUGAACAUAUUAACUUGUGGUGAGAUGUGAUAAUAAUCCUAUGGUGCUUUUCUAGUAGGUAGUGAUGUCCUUGGCGAGAUCAAAUAUUCUAUUCUCAAAAGGGUGCACCCUUACGAAUCACCAAAUUUUAUUUUACAAAUUAAAACAAAUCACCGAAAUAUUACACAGGCUGACAUAGGUCGACCAAUUAUUACCCAUUUAUAUCAAAUUUGGGAUCGUUUGCUGCAUAAAAACGUUUAUUCCAAAUCAUUAAACACUUCCAUUGUAUGAAAUACAAUAGAAAUCUUCACUCACAAGUUUACUUAUAAUCUUAUAUUUUUCAAUCUUCACUGCUCAUUUAAUUAAUUCCUUCUAGAGAAACUUCUUCGCUCUUUUAUCAUUAUACAAUUUAAUGUACUAAUUUAAUAAUAUACUAUACCAUAUUAUUGUGUUACAAUUUUAAAUAUAUUACCAACAACCUCGUUUGAAGGUAACAUAUUUGCUUUGAACUCCACACAGUAAUUUGUCUAUUUUAUUAUUACUACUGUAUCGUGUUAAAAUGCUUCUUCUUCUAAGCCAAGACCUACUUCUUCUUCCUUCUAUAUUGCCUUAAAUUAUUAAAUGGAGUAUAUUAUAUCUCUCUGGGCGCAUCUCUCUCACUUCCAUAACUUUUUCCAUACGCAGCAAAACAAAUUUUCUUUUUAGGAUUCUCCGAUACACACAGAUUUCAAAGCUCUCAGUUUCUGAGCAGAGUAUCAUCUUAUAAAAUGCAGCUGUGACAUUCUCUAUACAUAUUUUAAUUUCAUUGCUCAUGUCCCACUUCUCAUUUAGAUUACAACCAAGGUGAGUGAUUUUGUUGGUUCUCUCAAGUUGUUCUUCGUAAGUGUUAUUACUUCUGGUUGUAUUGGCGUUUUACUGACAAACAUCACCUUUAUCUUUGUAUUCGAUAUAAAAUUUGAUACAAAAUCAGUGCAAACCCGUUACCCAGUGGUUUUUAUGCUCAAAGGACGAAGCCUGUCCUUGGCACCAGGUAGUUUCCAUAAAACUAAAGAAGAUUCCCGUCGUGGGCACCAGGUGUCUCAAAGACCACUGCCGAGAUAAUGUUGUGUUUCGCGACCCCAAAAACUUCCCGACUAACUAAUUUUGUAUCUAAUUUCCACAAAACUCUAGGAGACGAGGCCCGGCCUGGGUCAUGAUAUUCGUGAUCAGUGUUCCCAAAAACUCCCGAAUAACGAAUGUGCAUUAAUUUUGUAUCGAAUUUCCAUAAAACUCCAGGAGACGGGACCCAGGUGCAUCAGGUGUUCAUUUUCUGAACACAUGUUUGUUGUUCAGGAAAUGUUAGCAUAAAAAGACACUAGUGUAUUCAUUACCUUCUUAAGAUCUUUCAGCUAUAGCAGUUUGUGUUUAUACACAACAUCGCGAUGGAAAAGUUAAAUUUAUAGGACCUUCUGGUGUACUUUGAUUUAUCGAACGUGCAGAGGCUGUUUUCAUAUGGUGAAGAGCUCGUGCUCGUGUUUCUUGGCAAAACUAGCAUUGUCGAUAGUACCAACGUGGGUAAUAACCUUAGUGGUUGGCUGUUGUGAUGGUAUAAUAUAUAGUGCAGUAGUACUUUUGGAGAUGAUACUAUUUUAUGUACUGACAUCUUCAAUCGUGAAUAUGGAAUCAAUAUUUUCGAAUAUGAAAAGCAAGAAAAAUUGCUCUUUUCUAAAGUCAGUAUAUCUAUCGAAACCAUCGUCUCAAGAAUUUGCUUAUAAUUCUGAUAACAUUUGUCAGGAUUCGCAGUUUGUUUGGUAGAGUUUAAUAGUGUCAAGCAAGAUAGAUGUUUUGCUGUUAGAAGAAACAGCAAUUUUUUUCUGUUUAUAUGGCGGGAUGUGAUCCGACAUACGCAAUAGUCGACAAAUUUAAAUUCUCUCCAAUUGGUUUAUUGAUCAUUAGUAGCAUCACUCAAACCAACACGAAUAAAGUUAUAAACUCUGGUUGUUAGUAUCAACCAUGUUAGUAUUACCAAGCAAUAAUAACUGUUAAGUUCCUCACCACAAUAAAAAAUAGUCUACAAGUUAAACAAACGCUAAACAACCUAAAUUUUUACAACAGAAAGAGAACUUAAAGUGGUAAAGAAUUUAUUAGGCAAUGCCGAAACUUCUCCCAAACUAUAUGUGAAUAAUAGUCCAUUCUCGGAAAGUAAUCAACAGUGGCGGAUGAGCAAUAAUUUGUAUCAGUAUCCAUGUUUCAGUUUGGACAUACCAAAUAGAAUUAAAGCAAUGCCCUUAACAAUAUUUAAUAGUGAAUUACAUCGAAUAUUUUGCUGUAUUUGAGUAAUAUAUUACAUUUUUUCAAUGAUGAACUGCUGAUACUCAAUAUACCACCAAAACUUCGUAUUUUGCUAAAAUCAAGUGAGAAUAAAUAUUACUGCCUAAAAACAACUAGUUAGCAGGGCGAGUUUUGACAGGAGACUCAUUAUAGGCGAAUGUUCUCACCCUUAAUCAUGAAUUUUAUAUUCGAUGUCAUUAAUUAAAAUUUCGAGCGAAAUUUUCAUCCAUUUCUUCGAAUGUUAUAUUCAUAAUAAAAACAUUAAUGCUGGGAGCAUUACUUAUAGUUUAGUUUCCUCAUAUCAAUUAUCACUGUUCUCUAGGUGUUUCCAUUUGGUAAUAUUUGAUUUACUUCGUUUUUGUCAGAAUACGGAGAAUUAUUAAUUCACUCGUUAAGUAUUUUUUCACCAUUGCUAUCGUCUUAAUUAAUAUCUCCAGUCCCAAAAUUGAUACUAAUAUAGUUGGUAAUAACUCAGCUCUUGAUUAGUUUCCGAGAAUUGAUUAGUAACCCAAUAAAGUUCUGGAAUAGGUUCGGCACUAAAAAUGUAUGGUAGACUAACAGGAUCUUGUCGCGACGAAGUCAAAUUUAAAGGACCUUUUGGCGAAGGAACUUGAGUCAUUCUGAUUUUUUUGAUUUUGCAUGGUCCUUUCUUGUGGUAAGGAAUUCAUUAGUAGUGGUUUCUUGCUACAACUGCCUUGAUUGAUACUAACAUCGAGAGUUAUAGCUUUAGUGGUACUGGUUUUUGUGAUAGUACCUCUCGGCGGUAGAUCAUCAGAUUUUGAUAAUUUUUAUCGAAUAUUAGGAUAUAUAUAUUAACUAUCUAAUUAAAUUCUCUUCUAAAACAAAUUUUGAACCCUGUCACAUGUUUUAUCAGAAAUCUAAGCAUAAGCUAAAUCUAUCUUAAAGAAAGGUUACAUUUUUUGCUGAAUGUAAAUCUAAAGAAGAAAUGUUUUUUACCUUGUGAGUUUUGAGUUUCUUUCGUAUUAGGUCUGUUUAGACCAGAAGGGUUGUACAAUUUCAUGACAAUCUAACGCGCUUUCACAGAUUUCUAUACAUGGGUAAUAAGAUCGUAUGUCUAGCCACCUCGUUUUUAUAAAUACCACCUAAAUAAGUAUAUUGUCUUCUAUGACCAAACAUUUCCCAAUCUAUUGUAAUGUCAGUAUAGCAUUAAGAAUAUUAAGCGUCUCUUAUAUGAAUUAAUAAAUGUGCGAUAUGAUGUAACUAUCUUUAAAAUUUUAAAUAUAAUUGUUGCACUUUAUGAAUAUUCCUAUAUUUAUCUUUUAGCAGUAUUUAUUUUAAUAAAUAGUAAAAGAAUCCACCAUUUACUUAUUUUUCCUAACUAUAAAGAGGUUGUCAGGUCAUUAUGUAAACCAUUGCUUAUCUGAAUUGAUACAUCCAUUCUAAAACUCAUUUAUACAAAUAAACAGUCACUUAACACUAUAUAUGGAAAAAAAAUUAAAAUAAAUUCAGAGCUAAAAUAUAAAACAAGAAUAUAAUCAAUUUUUUCAAAUGUAAAUUAGCUAAUCAUCAGCUUAAAUGACAAAAUAAUGCUUUCUAUUAUAUAAAAAAUUCACACAUGUUUAUUUUCACAAAUGAAUUUUUAAAUAAAAUGAGUUUUGGAAUGGAUUGUCUCAAUUAUGGCAAUGUGGAAUAUAUAACAUAAUAUUGUUUCGAAAAUGCACAAGUAGAGGUCAGUUUUUUUAAUGUUAGAUUUAAUUAAAUUGUAAUUAUCUUUUGGUGGUCUUGUCCUUUUCAGCGAAGUUAUUCAUUAGCGUCUUUGGUGACAGGUUUUUCAAUUUUGUGUAUCCAAUUUUAAAGAAUUUUGCUAGGAAAUACUAGUAAAAAGAGGGAAACGUUUAUAUAAGAUGUAAAUUAGCCACAAUAUUUGUUUGGUGUGGCAAGAGAAAACGUUUAGUAGGAUAAUAAAAAAUGAAAAUACUGUUCAAUAAAUAAAAUAACCACAUAGUGCAGUUAACAGUGAUAACAGAUAAUUUGAUAAAAAGUCAAUUAAUGACUUCUGCAAUUAGUAAAGGCAGUAGAUCAAAAUAUAUUAAGCAUUGAUUUUUUUUUAUAAAACCAAUGAUUUUUCAUUUUGUACUUUUAAAUUUAUGAGACUAUUUAGAAAAAUAUGCUAAACAUUUUUUGUUUCCAAAUCUAUUAUAAAACUGAAAAUGCAUUAUAUUAAAGAUAUCCAUACGGACUACUGCUUUCUUUU